AUGUAUGAAUUUGUUAUUAAAUUCAAAUGUUCACAGGCCCCCGGCGUGGCCGGCCGCCACAUGUUCUCUAGGACCUUCACGCGCUCCCUCUCUUCCCUACAGCUCGCCUUCCUCCAUCCUUCCGAACUUUCAUCAGCUCAUCGAGAGUUUAGCUGCUACCAUUGUCUCAAAUCUGUGGUGAUCCGGCGAGUCGCGCCCGCACCCCCUCCUUCCGCUGCUGAGUUUAUUUUAAUUAUUUUAGCUAUCCUUGUCAGU